UAUUAGAAACAAACCCACCACACCACAAACAUGGUACUUCCUAUGAAAAUCAUUCCCCUUCUUCUGAUUGUCAUGGUUUGUUCUCUUCUUAUGGGAAGAGUUUAUCCCGCAACAACAAAAACAAGCAUCCAGUCAGAACAACGUGUCGAUGUAGAGGCUUUAAAAGCUUUCAAAACCUCUAUCACAAAUGACCCAACUGGAAUCCUACAAGAUUGGAAUGAUUCAUACCAUCAUUGCAACUGGUCAGCAGUUUCCUGCGAUUCCUUCAAUCGCGUCAUCUCCAUUUCCUUCCAAGAUAAACAGCUCCAAGGCCAGAUCACUCCUUUUCUCGGGAAUCUUUCAAGCCUCCAGACUCUUGAUCUCUCUAUCAACGCCUUUACCGGCCACAUUCCUCCACAAAUAUCACGAUGUUCUCAGCUUUUAAUCCUCAAUCUCUACUCCAAUCUCCUCUCCGGUUCAAUCCCAUCUGAACUUGGGAACUUAAAGAAUAUCCAGGCAGUGGGACUGGGAGGAAAUUUCUUCAACGGGACCAUUCCUGAUAGUUUUUGCAAAUUGACGGAAUUGGUCGAGCUCAGUCUCAUCACCAGCAAUCUCACCGGGAAGAUUCCUUCGUGCAUCGGUAAUUUAAUCAAACUCGAAUAUUUUGUAGCCCAGGAAAACAGUUUGGAAGGUCCCCUUCCUUCUUCCUUUGGGAGGCUCAAGUCAUUGAAGGAACUCGAUCUUAGCAUGAACCAUCUUUCUGGAGCAUUACCUCCACAAUUCGGAGACUUGUCGAGCUUGGAGGUUCUUCAACUGCAUUACAAUUCUCUUUCGGGACAAAUUCCGUCCAGUUUAGGUAAGUUGACAAACCUCGUUAUAUUAAACAUGCAAAUGAACGAGUUUACUGGAGGCAUACCGCCUGAACUUGGAAACUUAAGAAACUUAAACAUUCUGAGGCUAUACGGGAACAAAUUGAAUUCCACAAUACCGGUUUCUUUGUUCCAGGCCGAGUCACUUACCCACUUAGGCCUCUCGGAGAAUGAGUUAACUGGAGAAAUACCCUCCCAAAUUGAGUCACUAAAUUCUUUGCAAGUUUUGACACUCCAUUCGAAUAGGCUUACCGGUGAGAUACCCAUGUCGAUAACAAACUUGACGAAUUUGGUUUACAUUUCAUUUGGAUUCAAUUCCAUUUCGGGUUCACUCCCAUCAAAUAUAGGAUCACUAUAUAACUUGAGGAACCUUUCCAUAAACAAUAACCUCCUCGAGGGACCUGUUCCUUCUAGCAUCACGAAUUGUACGCACCUUCUAGUCAUAGGAGCUUCGACUAAUAGGUUGACUGGUACGAUUCCUCGUGGUUUAGGAAACCUGCCAAAUCUCACUGCUGUAUCUUUUAGUAACAACAACAUGGUCGGGGAGAUUCCAGAUGACUUAUUCAACUGCUCAAAUCUCGAAAUCCUUGACUUGGCUGGGAAUAAUUUCAGUGGAACACUGAAACCUGGCAUUGGCAAUCUCUACAACCUUAAUAUACUGCAAAUGCACUACAAUUCAUUUAGUGGGCCGAUUCCAACCACAAUUGGCAACCUGAACCAACUAUUCUCUUUAGUGCUCCAUCAUAAUCUUUUCUCUGGUGAACUUCCUAUAGAGCUAUCAAAGCUUUCUAGUCUCCAGGGACUGCAUUUGUUCAACAACUUGUUUCACGGUACAAUACCCAAGGAGUUAUUCCAGAUUAAAGCGCUGACCGAACUUGGAUUGCAGAAUAACAGGUUCGUGGGUCCAAUAUCACCGGAUAUUUCAGAACUUACAAUGCUUUCGUACUUGGAUCUUAGUGGCAACAUGUUUAAUGGGAAAAUACCAGAAUCUCUGGCACGACUUACCCGACUACUCAGUUUAGAUCUUUCACACAACAAUCUUCCUGGGUCUAUCCCAAUAUCAAUUAUACCUGGCAUGAAACGCAUGCAGUUAUACUUCAAUCUUUCUCACAAUUUCUUGGAGGGAACAAUUCCAAACGAACUUGGCCAGCUGGAAAUGAUACAAUCCAUCGAUUUCUCAAACAACAAUCUUUCCGGAAGUAUUCCCAGCACACUUAAAGGCUGCAAAGGAUUGAAUUCACUAGAUCUGUCUGGAAAUAAUCUAUCUGGCCCGAUUCCAAAUAAUGUAUUUGGCCAGAUCCCAUCGCUCACAAGCCUGGACCUUUCAAGAAAUCAGCUCCAUGGACCACUUCCAGAAGAUUUGUCAAAUUUGCACCAACUUGCCUCAGUCGAUCUUUCUCGAAACAAGCUAAAUGGUGUGAUUCCAGAGAGUUAUGCCAAUGUUUCCUCGUUGAAACAUCUCAACCUUUCUUCUAAUCAACUUCAAGGACGUGUUCCAGAAGGUGGUGUCUUCAGAAAUAUAACUGCAUCUGCAAUAGCCGGAAACUCAGAACUUUGUGGGACAGCAUUUCUUAAUUCAUGCAGAAGAAGGAGCAAUUCAAGUGAUUCACACGGUUUUUCCAGAAAGUCCACAAUAAUUCUAGCAGCACUUGGAUCUGUAAUCACACUCCUGCUCCUAGUUCUAGUAUUGUCAAUUCUCUACCGGAACAGGAACAAGCAAAAACCAAAAGAAGUGGAGAAUGCAUUGCCAGAUUACGCUUCAAUAUCGAACCUCAAAAGGUUUGAUCAUCAGGAUCUAGAGAAAGCGACAGACUCCUUUAGUCAAGCCAACAUUAUCGGAGGGACUAGUUUGAGUACUGUUUAUAAAGGAACAUUGGAUGAUGGGAAAGUUGUAGCUGUGAAGAAAUUAAAUUUGCAACAGUUCUCCAACGAGUCUGAUAAAAUCUUCUACAGGGAAAUCAAAACCCUAAGCCAACUAAGACACAGAAAUCUGGUGAAAGUGUUUGGCUAUGCUUGGGAAAGCGGGAAGAUCAAGGCCCUGGUUCUGGAGUAUAUGGAAAACGGAAACUUAGACAGUAUGAUACAUGAGCUUCAAGAAGAUAAAUCGAAGUGGACAUUGUCUGAGAGGAUUGAUAACCUAGUUAGUAUUGCUAAUGGACUUGUUUAUCUUCAUUCUGGUUACCAUCAACCUAUCGUUCACUGCGAUCUGAAACCAGCUAACAUCCUACUAGACAAAAAUUGGGAAGCCCAUGUAAGCGAUUUUGGUACAGCUCGAAUAUUAGGCAUUCAUCUCCAAGACGGAAACAACCUUUCAUCUGCAUCAGUAUUUGAAGGAACUAUUGGCUACAUGGCUCCAGAGUUUGCGUAUAUGAGGAAUGUGACAACUAAAGUGGAUGUAUUCAGCUUUGGGAUAAUAAUGAUGGAAUUGUUAACAAGAAAGAGGCCAACAAAAGUAGAAGAAGAGAACGGAUUACCAAUCACAUUACCUCAAUUGGUGGAGAGAGCGAUUGCGAGUGGAAUUGAAAAUCUAGUUCGUGUUGUUGAUCCGAGGUUAGCUUCUACUGUUAGAAAAGAGACGGAGACCGUGGAGGAGGUCCUCAAAUUGGCGUUGUGUUGCACUCGAUCUGUUCCUGAGGAUCGACCUGAUAUGGAAGAAGUGUUGACAUCACUUUUGAAGAUUGGAAAACAAAGAGAGCUAUCGAUGUAGACUGUAGAGAGAUACUUACUUGUAUUGGUUUCACUUGAUUGAAUGAAUGGAUCGAUACGAUUCU